AUGAGCGCUAAAGAGGAAUACGAUUUACUGCAGCAAACGCUACCAUUGCUGACAUCACAGCCAAACCAUUUGGCCAAACACGAGGUCGUCUCCAUCAUCAAGUGUCUCAACAGAUGUGAGAAGACAAUCCUUCAGUUCGCCGAAAGCGAGCGCACAUUCUUCGCCCCAUUUGUGGCACUCUCUGGUCAUUGCAUUGUCUCCAAUGCACAGCAAAUACCCAAAAGCCUGCUGUCAGUGGCCUCCACGGCCUGCACUGUCGUCUUGCAGCACAUCCUACACGAGAUCUCCGAGUUUGACGACAAGUCCAUACUAUCCAAACACCAACUGAUUGGCAUAAUUCAGGGCCUCUGCGAUGACAUACCGCCGCUCCUUAAGUCGGAUAUACUGGCGCUGAGUUCGCUGCUGAAGACCACACCAAUGCCCGACUCAUUGACGUUCAGACCCACCGAUUCGAGUGGCGCUGAACUGAAGGCCGCCGCUCGCGAUGACACCACACCCAAAGAGCCCAAACGCAUACGUCUGGACCACUCGUGCGAAGCCAUCAUUGAACAACUCAUGACACCAAUCAUGGAGUCGUCGUCCAAACGGGACAGUCAUAUGGAGAACGAUAAGAACAUCAUAUCUCCCGUCGGCUUCUCUUCGCUAUCGAUGGACACGAAAGGUCUAUUGAUUGGCAAGAAUUUGUUUAAUUUGCAACAACUGUGCGGAACGAAUGUAUUGCUCGACUUUAUAAUGUCUUUGUCGACAAUCAAACCGUUCAUACAAUUAGUUCACGCGACAGAAGAAGGCGCGCCCCUAAAGCUGCCCACCUCUGGCCCGGAGACCCAUAUACUCCAUACAUGCAAACUGAUCAUCAAAGACUACGACAUCAUUUGGCGCAUACUAUCGCUGCCAAUACUGGAACCGUUGACCGAAGAGCGUCUCUCCAAAGUGAUUACAAUAAUACACGCGUGUCUUUACGUGUCGCUAACGCUAACCGCGUCCAACAUCUUGGCCUCCGGUGGCGGCGCCUCCUCUCCCGCCGUUAAGGGAGCGACCGCUGCGCCCCUCAAAGACGACGACAACGAGAAUGUUAUCUCUGAGAUCGUAGACACGAGUCUU